AUGGCGGGUCGCGCUAUUUCGCUCGUCGUCCUCGUCCUGACAGCGCAGCUGUGCGGGUCCACGGCGGCGUACGUCGGUGACGGCGGGUUUAGCGUGGAGUUCAUCCACCGGGACUCUGUCAAGUCGCCGCUCCACGACCCGUCGCUCACCCUGCACGACCGCGUGCUUGCCGCCGUGCGGCGCUCCACAGCGCGCUCGUACGCCGGCGGCGAUCCUAGCGGCGGCGUGGCCGAGAUCGUGUCCACUCCGUACGAGUACCUGAUGUACGUCAGAGUCGGCACGCCACCCACCCGGAUGCUCGCCCUCGUCGACACCGGCAGCAACCUCGUGUGGUUCAAAUGCAGAAACGGAACCUCUACCUCCGGUCCUCGGCCAGCCGCCGGGGGAGCAGCGCCGGUGUUCGACCUGUCCUCCUCGUCGACCUACGGCCUCGUGGCCUGCCGGCUACCCUCGUGCCAGGCGAUCUACGGCACGUCCUGCGACGCCAACCAAUUCUGUCAGUACCAGUACUCCUACGGCGACGGCUCCACCACGUCCGGCAUCCUCUCCACCGAGACCUUCUACUUUGACGACGCUCCCGGCGGCUGUUUUGGAUGCCGCGAGCGUCCGCAGCUGCAUCUGUCCAGAGUCAACUUCGGCUGCGCCACGAAAGCGACCGGCAACACGUUCCAGCUGGCCGGCUACGUCGGCCUCGGCGCCGGGAACGGCUCCCUCGUGAACCAGAUCGGCGCCUUGACGUCGCUCGGCCAGAGAUUCGCCUACUGCCUCGCGCCCUUCUACGUCAACGUCUCGUCCAUCCUCCACUUCGGCGCCCGAGCCACCGUGACGGAGCCGGGCGCGGUGACCACGCCGCUGAUCCCCUCCGCCGUGGACGCUUUCUACACCAUCCUGCUCACGUCCGUCAAGAUCGGGAGCUCGACCAUCGCGCCGCCGAAGCCGUACCCCAUCAUCGUCGACUCUGGCACGUCACUGACGUUCCUCGACAAGGCGCUGCUGGACCCGAUCGUGGAGGAGCUCAGCAAGAGCAUCAAGCUCCCGCGCAAGCAGUCGCCGCAGAAGCAGCUGGAUCUGUGCUACGACGUGGGCGUGGGCGGUGCGACGCAGGAUUGGGAGAAGAAUUUCCCGGAAGUGACGCUGGAGUUUGGCGGCGGCGCCGCGAUUACGCUGCAGGCGCGGAACGCGUUCGCGGAGCUGCCGGUGGGGACCGUGUGCUUGGCGAUGGCGCCGGUGACGGACGAUCGGUCGGUGGCGAUCAUCGGGAACAUCGCGCAGCAGAACUUCCGGGUGGGCUUCGACCUGGACAAGGGCACCGUCACCUUCGCCGCUGCCGACUGCGCGAAAUCCUACCCCUCUCCUCCCGCCUCUCUGUAG